AUGCGCGAGAUCGUUCACGUUCAAGCUGGACAAUGCGGUAACCAAAUUGGUGCCAAAUUCUGGGAGGUUAUCUCUGACGAGCACGGAAUCCAACCUGACGGAAACUACGCUGGUGACUCAGACCUUCAAUUGGAGAGAAUCAACGUUUACUACAAUGAAGCCUCAGGAGGCAAAUAUGUACCCCGUGCCGUUCUCGUUGACUUGGAACCUGGAACCAUGGACUCAGUCAGAUCCGGACCUUUCGGUCAACUUUUCCGUCCCGAUAACUUCGUCUUCGGACAAUCCGGAGCCGGAAACAACUGGGCCAAGGGUCACUACACCGAGGGAGCUGAACUUGUCGACAAUGUCCUCGACGUUGUUCGCAAGGAAGCCGAAGGAUGUGAUUGUCUUCAAGGAUUCCAACUUACCCACUCCUUGGGAGGAGGUACCGGAUCCGGUAUGGGAACCCUCCUCAUCUCUAAGAUCCGUGAGGAAUACCCAGACAGAAUUAUGUCUUCAUACUCUGUUGUCCCAUCUCCAAAGGUCUCAGACACUGUUGUUGAGCCAUACAAUGCCACUCUCUCUGUUCACCAAUUGGUUGAGAACACUGAUGAGACUUUCUGCAUUGACAAUGAAGCUUUAUACGAUAUCUGCUUCCGCACAUUGAAGCUCCAAAACCCAACAUACGGAGACUUGAAUCAUCUUGUUUCUGUUACCAUGUCUGGAGUAACAACAUGUCUUCGAUUCCCUGGACAGCUUAACGCCGAUCUCCGCAAACUUGCUGUUAACAUGGUUCCUUUCCCACGUCUUCACUUCUUCAUGCCUGGAUUUGCUCCUCUCUCUGCCAAGGGUGCUCAAGCUUACAGAGCUCUUACUGUUGCUGAGCUUACCCAACAGAUGUUCGAUGCCAAGAACAUGAUGGCUGCUUGCGACCCACGUCACGGACGUUACUUGACCGUUGCUGCCAUGUUCCGUGGACGCAUGAGCAUGAGAGAAGUCGAUGACCAGAUGAUGUCUGUACAAAAUAAGAACUCCUCAUACUUCGUUGAAUGGAUUCCAAACAACGUCAAGACCGCUGUUUGUGACAUCCCACCACGUGGAUUGAAGAUGGCUGCUACCUUCGUUGGUAACUCCACCGCCAUUCAAGAGCUCUUCAAGCGCAUCUCCGAACAAUUCACUGCUAUGUUCCGUCGUAAGGCUUUCUUGCAUUGGUACACUGGUGAAGGUAUGGACGAGAUGGAGUUCACUGAGGCCGAGUCUAACAUGAACGAUCUCGUUUCCGAGUAUCAACAAUACCAAGAAGCCACCGCCGAUGAUGAGGGAGAACUCGAAGGAGGCGAAGGCGAGAGCUACGCUGAUCAGGAAUAG